CGACGACGACGGACGACGGCGGCGGCGACGACGACGACGACGACGACGACGACGGCGACGACAGCGGCAACGUCGGAUAACAUUUGCGCACGUUACAUUCUUUCGUCGUCGGUCGUCUCCGUUUUCCGUUCGCUCGGGAAAGUUGUUGAGUGUCGUCGAGUGUCUUGAAAUUUAAUUUCAUCCGCCGCGCGAUCUCCCGCCUCGUGAUUUCCUCGAGGAUCCCUUUCGCGCCGCGGACGUGAGAUGAACCGCCUCGGACGAUGAGAAUACUUUGCUUUAUACAAAUGCCUCGCUUACCGGGAACGUGGCGGAGAACGAGCGCCGCGGCGUGGGUAGUGAAGCCGCAACAGUGGUCGAGGCUAUAAUUAACUGCGAGGAGAGACGAGGAAGCGUCUGGCAACGAGGUAUCAUCUUGGCGAGAACUCCGAGCCCACGAGUGGAUUCUUGAUGGAAAACUCUCUGGUGGACCCCCGGUGAAUUAGCAACGCGACGCUGAAAAGAAAAACAAAGGAUGCAACCUGCACGUUACUCGUUCCUCUGUCAGAUGUUUCUUUCUUUCUUUUUUUUUUUUAAUUAAGAGUUUCGAAUAAUUAGCCAGAUUUAAUGUGGUGACUUCGGAAAAAAAUCUGGGACGUGCGAAAGAGGAUCAUCGAUAGGCGGUGUUGAUAAGUUCAAUGAGAUAAUAAACUUCUUGAAUGUGAAUACAGCAGUUGUGUGGAAACGGAGAGCUCGAAGCAGCGGACGAACCGCGCCGUCCGGAAGGCUAAUUUUUCCUUUAUCAGUUUCCCCAGGCGUCAAUGAAAAAUUGCCACAACCCAACUUCGUCGUCACUCGGCGCGAAUCUCGCGGCGCGGGGCACGCUCCCCCGGGUGCGGGAAUUAACCGCGCGGCUCAUUUCGAGGAAGCGGUAUUCUGAGCGACACCUCGGUCGCGUUUUACGAGAGUAGUAAUUCCUCGCGGAAGCUGAAUUAACGGCUUCGCGCGCGGCCCCUCAUUGGCGGGGAGCUACAUACGGAAAAACGACGACGAGGGCCGGAUGAUUAAGAGGGAAUGAUUAAAGCACACGGGGGUGCACGAACCCGAGGAGAGAGAACGCGCCGCCAGGCACGUCCCGAUCCGCGAUUAGAAGGAGGUCGAUCGAUCCGAAAUUAACGCCUCCCCCCCCCCCUCCCCCCCGCGAGUGUCAAACAAGCCGCGACAGGAACAUCAAUACCCUAAUAAAUGUCACUCGCACGAUCGAUCGGCGCCUUUUGCCAGCCAUGACGUAAAGAGAGGGGCGAUUUAACAGCGACGAGGGUCAACGGUGUCGAGAGCCGCUGUCGAGGAUCGACUGUCCACGAUCGUGUCCAGGUAACGAUCUCCCCCGCCCCGCGGUUGUGCGUCGAAGGUUCGUUCGAUCCUGACGCCGCUUAGAGGGGUUGGUCUCCCUACAAUUAUGCACGGAUGGAGGAUGAACUGCGAUGCGUGAGGGAGAAAGACGCACUCUCCUAAACCGAUGAGAUGACAGUGCUGUGCGUGCUGUGGGCUACUCUGUCCACCGUGGCCUCGAUCCUCGCGUGCUCCGGCUUUUACCUGCCUUACUGGAUUCAGGGACGAUUGCUGGACAAGGCGGACGCGUAUUUCAGUUCCUUUCGGCGUUGCAACUACCCGCGAAUCACGCCUAACGCCACGCCUGAGAUAGUUUACGAGUGUGCAAGAUACUCCAGUUUUUGGGACAUACCGAGUGCUUGGUGGCAGGCGAGCACAGUCACGAUGGGAAUCGGCGUCGCGAUCGCAGUGAUCGGUGCCCUGAUGCUUCUGGCAGCAGCGUCAUCAUUUCUCCCGCAUAUUCUCAAGACGCCGAAGCACACGAGAAUUCUUGGCUCCUUACAAUUGCUUGCUGCAGCGAUGAUAUGCGGCGGCUUGGUCAUGUAUCCGAUAGGCUGGGAUAAUCGGGAGGUACGCGAAUCCUGCGGGAAGGGGGCCAACGUUUACAAUCUCGGGAAGUGCUCGGUGUCCUGGUCGAGUCACUUGCUGGUCGGCUCGGUGGCGUUGCUGAUGCUGUGCUUCGGCCUGAGCUUCUGCGCGGCCCGGCACAAGCCCGACGCGAACUCGCACACGGAUCCCCUGCGCAUUUGACAAUCGAGGUAUUCCCAGUCGAUACAUGCCUACGCCUCGCCGAAGACGACCACGCUCUCCAUCGUCACGGUCUGUUGAUCGCGCGCGCCUGUUGCGUGCACGCGCCGUACGUACGUGAGUACGCGACCCGCCGCCGACCGUGAAGCCGGUCCUGCAUACGCGCGACGUCGCGCACCCGAUGUUUUUUCCAAGCUGGCCGCGAGCGCGAAUUUCGUCGCGUGCUCGCGACGGUUUGACGCGUCGAUCGCCACCCUCUACGUGCCCGUUAAAGUUAAACAUUGACUCGCAGACCGGCGAGACGUAUUAUAUUAUAAAUGAGCAUCGCGGCCUCAUAGCCGUUCGACGGACGAAACGGAUUGAUGAUCGAAAUUAACGGGGUAGGUACGAGUCGACAGGUCGAUAAAUAUUAAUGGACAUGCGCGUUUCUCCAGAGAUAGAGAGAGAGAGAGAGAGAGAAAUGCUAUCCUCGACGAAACAGCGGGAGAUUCAAGGCACUCUCAACAAUCUCUUGACCAACACAGCCGCGGACAAUCGGCGAGAUUUCGGAAUUCACGUACCGAGGAAUGCGCGGAUCACGGGAGACUGAUUGAACUUUUGGCAGGUUAACGCGUACCUACCACCCUUUUCCCAGGAAUCCCUUCGAAGCACAAUCCCGCGUAUCUGUAUAUAUAAGCCCGCAACCUGCAUAUGUACGUAUGUAUAUACACGCUAGAGUGAAUCCUACAGUCCUGUCUCGCGGCAGACGGUUCGAGAGAGCCGCGCCACGGUAUUUUCCAAUUCCGUAGUAAGCCCCUGGCUGAGAGCGACGAAGCAAUUGGCAAUUCGCCUCGACGGGACUUUCAGCACUUUCAAUUCGCACGGGAAGCUCGCUCGCUCGCUCGCUCGCCCGCUCGCUGGACGAAUACACACGGUGUGGACUGGAAAGGAGCCGGACGGGGAGACGGACAUACACCCUUCCCCCUCUCACCCUGCACCCGUAUCGAGAGGGUUCUCGCAUUCAGAUGCACCGUAACGAUCACGAUAUCCGGGCUGCUGCACGCUGCUCCUCCUCCUCCUCCUUCUCUCGAGGACCGGGAAUCACUGUGUUUCCCACGGUCCGAAAAGCCUUUCGGAUAUAUCGAUCGCGCGCGGAACGUUUCGGCUCUCCAGAGAUUUGCACGUUCCUCUUAUUUAUCCUCGUCUCUCGGAUUCUCCCCUUCAAGACGCUAUUUCCUUCGUCGAAGUAAUGCGUUGGCUGAACCGUGAGUGUCGGUUUAGCGUCUCUCUUCAAAUUUGUUUGGACCUACGAUUCCCAGAUUUUAUUUCUGCCACGUUACUCUUCAUAUCUAUUAUCCCUGCGCCUUUACGAGAAAAAUAUCCUCGAUAAUUUUAAUUUUUAAUAAUGGAAGUUUGUUAUGUUGCGCGAGGGAGAGAUUCGUCGGCACUAUUUUCAACGGCAGGCGACUCUUGCCCAUAUUGAAUUGCGCGAGUGUCGAGAAAAUUGGGUUCAAGUCGGAAAGGCGGGCGGAAAAUUUAAACGGGUGGCGAAAUCCGCGUAAUUAAAAGAUAAAAGGCUCAGAGAGAAGAUUUCGGAGUUUCUGGGGUAGCUGCGGGUAGUAGUUUAUUUGUAUCGCGGCUCUCCUAUCUAAACUGUCCGCGGGCCCUCCACUUCGUUCUCUUUUUUUCAAAACGUAGGGAUCAAAAAAUCGAGUGGACUAGACUGAAUAAAAAGAAAUGCUUUUUAUUUGACGCUCUCGUUUAAGCUCGCAAACCGAUGUUUGCACAAGUGAUACGCGAGAAAUCCGUUUCAUAUUCUUAUUUCCGAAAAUUCGCUUCUGAUCUUUGAAAAUUCGCAGGCGAAAAUAUCUCGCGAUUUGAUCGCGGGAUCUCCCGGUGCGGCGGUAACGGCGUUUUCGCGAAUAUCGAGCCACCCCGUACGGCUUCCAGGUAAAAAAUAGCCUGCGGUUAUACCUGCGCGAUAUAAAAAAACGUAAUAUUCGGAGCGCGUAUGUAAGCAAAAGCGUGUAUGUGUUGGCCCCGGUGAAAUUCGCAAUUGCGGGCGCGGUUGAAUUUCACGUGCUGACGGAACGGCGCGCACAAACGAUGGCCGCGCGUUAUUCGGUGAAGGCACACCGCUAUUGGCCGGAUAAAAAUCCAAGCUGAACAAACACGCCGGAGCACGCUCCGCUCGCGCGAGUUCUCCACGCACCGCUUACUUCUUGCAUCGGAUUAAUCGGGAGCUUUUUUUCGGGCCGUGCACGCACACACACACAUGCAUACUUACGUAUUGUGCGUGCGUGAAAUAAACGGACUUGGUUCCUCCACGCACAAAAAAAGAA